GAAAAAAAGUACAAUUUUGUCGGUCUAUGAAAAUGAUAAAGAAAAUAAAACAAUUUUUUGAUUAAGUGGUGAAAAUAUAUUAAAUUAUAACAAAGACGUGCAAGCAAGUAAAAUGUUCUCCAUUUGUAAGCAAUCGCAUCCAGCAACAGCAGUUGAAUUUGCUAUAACAUGCCGAUUCUUCAACAAUGUUGAAGAAAAUGUGGUGGUAGCCGGUGCCAAUAUUUUAAAAAUCUAUAGAAUUUAUCCAAAUAUCGAUGGAACUCAGCGACAACAAAAGAUUAAUCCAAAUGACUUAAGAGCGCCUUCAAAGAUGCGUUUGGAGUGUUUAGCAUCGUACACUCUAUAUGGAAAUGUAAUGUCUUUGCAAAGUGUAACUUUGACGGGAUCAAUGAGGGAUGCCCUUUUAAUAAGUUUUAAGGAAGCCAAAUUAUCAGUUGUUCAGCAUGACCCAGACACAUUUGCGCUGAAAACAUUAUCGUUGCAUUUCUUUGAAGAAGAUGAUAUCAGAGAUGGCUGGACCGGUCGCUACUAUAUUCCUAUGGUUCGUGUUGAUCCGGACGCGCGUUGUGCUGUCAUGUUGGUAUACGGUAAACGCUUAGUUGUUUUACCGUUUCGUAAAGAAAACGGUAUAGAUGAAAUUGAGAUGGCUGAUGUCAAGCCGAUUAAAAAGGUGCCCACAGCUAUAGUGGCGCGUACUCCAAUUUUGGCUUCCUAUCUAAUUGCUCUACGUGAUCUUGAUGAGAAAAUCGACAAUGUUUUAGAUUUGCAAUUCUUGCACGGCUACUAUGAACCUACUUUACUCAUAUUGUACGAACCUGUGCGUACGUUUCCCGGCCGUGUGGCAGUCCGAGCGGACACUUGUGUAUUGGUUGCUAUUUCAUUAAAUAUUCAACAACGUGUCCAUCCUAUUAUUUGGACCGUUACGGGAUUACCAUUUGAUUGCUUGCAAGUAUUUCCCAUACAGAAGCCAAUAGGCGGCUGUUUAGUUACAACCGUAAAUGCUAUAAUAUAUCUGAAUCAGAGUGUUCCUCCGUAUGGUGUGUCUCUGAACAGUUCGGCCGAUCACAGCACUACCUUUCCCCUGAAACCACAAGACGGUGUUCGCAUAAGUCUUGAUGCUGCUAAUAUUACAUUUAUUGACGUCGAUAAGUUAGUUGUGUCGCUACGCAGUGGGGAACUAUAUGUUGUUACCUUGUGCGUCGAUUCGAUGCGAACAGUGCGUAACUUUCACUUCCACAAGGCCGCAGCAAGUGUACUUACAAGCUGUAUGUGUGUGUUUCAAAGUGAAUACUUGUUUCUCGGAUCACGUUUGGGCAAUUCCCUAUUACUUCACUUCACAGAAGAAGAUCAAAGCACUGUAAUAACUCUAGAUGAAGUUGAAAUGUCUGAUGCUAAUAAUACAGUUAAUGAGGAGUCGCGCAAAGGUCGUCGCAUUGAAGACGAGGAGCUUGAGGUGUAUGGGUUAGGAACUAAGACCUCCGUACAGCUUCGAAAAUAUAUUUUUGAAGUUUGUGAUAGUUUACUAAAUGUCGGCCCAAUUAAUUUUAUGUGUGCUGGCGAACGGGUUGAAUUCGAAGAAGGUGGCACAACUUUGCGGCCUCAAGCCAACCAAUUGCGUGAUUUAAAAAUAGAUGUGGUUGCAUCCAGUGGUCACAGUAAGAAUGGCUCACUUUGUGUUUUCGUAAACUGUAUUAAUCCACAAGUAAUAACAUCGUUCGAGUUGGAGGGCUGCCUUGACGUUUGGACACUGUAUGACGAUGUCAGUAAGAAGGUAUCUCGCCACGACCAUCACGAUUUCAUGAUAUUAUCGCAACGGACAUCGACAUUGGUUUUGCAAACUGGCGAAGAGAUUAAUGAAAUCGAAAAUACUGGUUUCAGUUGCAAUCAACCAACAAUUUUUGUUGGAAACUUGGGACAAAAUCGAUUUAUCGUUCAGGUCACGACUCGUUCAGUUCGAUUGUUACAGGGAAAGCGGCUAAUACAAAAUGUGCCGAUCGAUGAAGGAGCACCCGUAGUACAGGUUUCAUUAGCAGAUCCUUAUGUUUGCUUAAGAGUGCUUCAUGGCAAAGUAAUAACACUAGCUCUUCGGGAAACGAAAGGAUCACCUCGUUUGGCUAUUAACAAGAACACAAUCAGCAGUGUACCAGCUGUAAUAUCUCUGGCUGCAUACAAAGACUUGUCUGGUUUGUUCACUACAAAGACGGAUGAGGUCUUAAAUCUAACCGGCAGUGGUGGAAAUUCACUGUACAGCGGCUUGGGCUAUAUGAAAGCAGAACCUAAUAUGAAAAUCGAAGAUGAAGAAGACUUAUUGUACGGUGAAUCGGGAAAUGCCUUUAAAAUGAACAGUAUGGCUGACUUGGCAAAACAGUCGAGGCAAAAGAAUUCAGAUUGGUGGAGGCGAUUGUUGGUGCAGGUGAAACCGUCUUACUGGUUGAUAGUUGCAAGAGAGAGCGGUACUCUCGAGAUUUACUCCAUGCCAGAUAUGAAGUUAAUGUAUUUGGUCAACGACGUGGGCAACGGGGAUACAGUUCUUACCGAUUCAAUGGAAUUUGUGCCAGCAACGCUAAAUCAACAAGACAACAAACAAGGCAUUCUAUUGAAUUGUAUGCCACAGCAUGUGAACUCUCCUCCUGUGCUGGAGUUAGCAAUGGUUGGACUAGGAAAUAAUGGUAGUAGGCCGUUACUUAUGAUACGCACCCGUCUAGAAUUACUAAUAUACCAAGCAUAUCGUUACGGCAAAGGUCAUAUGAAGGUUCGUUUUCGAAAAUUACAAAGUCUCAAUUUGUUCGAUGAGGAUUCGAAAUCUAUGGAUGUUGAUGAAGAUUACACAGAUUCGUUGGAUUCGUAUAAUUUGCAAAAUCGCUACAUAAGUAGACUUCGUUAUUUUUCAAAUAUAGCUGGUUUAAAUGGAGUUGUGGUGUGUGGCCCCAAUCCAUGCAUUAUAUUCUUAACUGGCAAAGGCGAAAUGAGAGUUCAUAAAAUAUUUGGAAACGGAUCUUUACGCAGUUUUGCGCCAUUCAACAAUGUGAAUUGCCCACAAGGAUUUCUGUGUUUCGAUACAACUUUCGAUCUAAAAAUCUGUGUGCUACCAACCUACCUCACAUAUGACUCUCCAUGGCCCGUACGAAAAGUUCCACUUCGGUGCACACCACGACAAAUUGUAUAUCAUAGAGAAAACCGAGUCUAUUGCCUCGUCACUCAAACGGAGGAAGCCAGUAAUAAAUAUUUCCGCUUCAAUGGCGAAGACAAGGAGCUGACGGAGGAGAAUAAGGGUGAGCGGUUCAUCUAUCCCAAUGCUUCGAAAUUCAGCAUUGUUCUUAUGAGUCCCGAAACAUGGGAAAUUGUUCCCGAUGCAGCUAUUGAGUUUGAAAGCUGGGAACAUGUAACGGCAUUUCAGAUAGUUAAGCUUGCUUACGAAGGUACGCGUUCCGGCCUCAAGGAAUAUCUGUGCAUUGGCACAAACUUCAACUACAGCGAGGACAUAACGUCUCGCGGAAACAUACACAUCUACGACAUAAUCGAGGUAGUGCCCGAACCUGGUAAACCCUUGACAAAGUUCAAACUCAAAGAAGUAUUUAAAAAGGAACAGAAAGGACCCGUAUCGGCGAUAGCAGACGUUCUGGGUUUUCUGGUAACAGCGCUGGGUCAGAAAAUCUACCUGUGGCAAUUAAAAGACGACGAUUUAAUUGGAGUGGCUUUUAUUGAUACCAAUAUUUACGUACAUGAAAUCAUUUCCAUCAAAUCGCUAAUUCUUAUUGCUGAUGUCUACAAAUCUGUCAGUUUACUUCGCUUCCAGGAAGAGUUCCGCACGUUGUCAUUGGCAUCGAGAGACUUUAACCCGUUAGAAGUUUACGGAGUAGAGUUCAUGGUGGACAAUUCUAAUCUCGGUUUCCUUGUUACGGACGCUGAAAAGAAUCUUAUCGUCUACAUGUAUCAACCUGAGGUUCGAGAGUCUAUAGGUGGACAAAAGCUGUUGCGCAAAGGCGAUUUUCAUCUGGGACAGGCGGUGAACACCAUGUUUAGAGUACAGUGUCAUCAAAGAGGCAUCAAUCAUCGCUAUCCAUUUAUGUAUGAAAACAAGCAUAUGGUCGUUUAUGGGACUCUGGAUGGAGCGAUUGGCUAUUGCUUACCACUACCCGAGAAAGUAUAUCGUCGAUUCCUCAUGUUGCAAAAUGUUUUGCUGUCGUACCAGGAGCAUCUGUGUGGCUUGAAUCCAAAAGAAUUUCGCACAAUCAAAAUGUCAAAGAAACUUUCUCUCAACCCGAGUCGCUGCAUUAUCGAUGGCGACUUAAUAUGGUCAUUCGCCAAUAUGACUGUUGCGGAACGUAAUGAAGUAUCUAAGAAAAUUGGAACCAAAACUGAAGAUAUCUUAAGCGACCUACUAGAAAUUGAAAGACUAACUGCGGUGUUUUAAAAUAAAAUUUUAUAAAAACAAAAUAAACUCAUUGGCUGGCGCCAAUAAAAAUUAUAAAA